AUGUUUAAGUUAGCCUUCAGAAGGAUCCCCACCAUUGCCUACAGAGCUCCCUUGGUACAAAAUGUCCAUGCCACUCCCGUGCGGACGUUUUUCGGUGGUUCUAAGGAUGCCGCCAACAACGAAACUGUUGAAAAGUUUGCCACGGCCUUGCAAGAAAACCCCCGGUUGGGCGAAUUGUUGACGGGAUUCUCCACUAUGUUGGCCGACAAGGGGAUCCCUGUUGGCAAACCUCCGUCCAUGAUUCAAAUGAUGUCGAUUCUCAAGGAUAAAGAUAUUCGCGAUCACCUUGUUGAACUUCAAGAAGAAUUGGUCAGAGCCGAUAUCAAAAUCACUCAAGCUGAUUUAUCUGCCUUGACUGACAUGUUUACCAAGCAAAUGCAAGGCAAACAGUAG